GCGACCGAGCCUGGUCCCCCUCCCCGCUCGCUCGGCGCUGCCGCAGUUGCAGUCGCGUCUCCACGUGCCCUUGGCCAGGCUUCGGCAGCGACUGCAGCUGCAAGCAGCCGCGGCGUCGGGGCCCGGGAUUUCUGCCAGGAGGUGGCUCCAGGCUGGGCUAGCCGGUCAAGGGGCGGGGGGGCGGCGGCUCAGCGCGGAGCCUGAAGGAGGAGGAGGUGGCGGCGGCGGCGGCAGCAACAGUAGAAGCACCACCACGACCCGCAGCAGCGAUAGACCAGGCGAGCCCGUCCCGUCCGUGAGUCCGCCUGUCUGCGCCAUGGUGAGGCACUGUGCGCUUUGCCGGGAACCUGAACCAGUUGAAGAAUGUGUCCAGAGUACGCUGGCUGCCUUGUACCCCCCCUUUGAAGCCACCGCCCCCACCCUGCUGAGCCAGGUCUUCGAGGUGCUGGAGCGGACGUACCAGCACGACGCCCUGCGCUACACCCUUGACUUCCUUGUUCCUGCCAAGCACAUCCUGGCUCGCAUCCAGAGUGAAGCCUGUGCCCAGUAUAGUGGUUUUGUGUUCUGCCAUGAGGGCUGGCCACUGUGCCUCCGUGAGAAGAUUCUGGUGCAGCUGGGCUCAUUGCCCUGGCAACACCUCUGCCCAGGCGACUUCUACCUGCAAGUGGUGCCUCACCGGGAGUGUUCCCCACGUCUGGUGCUGAAGUGCCUGUCACCGGAGGGCCGUAGUGUCCAGGAGCUUCCUGUGGCCCCUGACUCCUACCCUUUCCUUUUCACUGUCGAGUGGCUCAAUGGCAUCAACAAGGAACGCCGGGCAGGGCGCCUGGAGCGUUGCCUACUGGCAGCUGGAGAGAAGGUGCUGAGCCUGCCCUGGCCUGAACUGGUAUACCCCCAAUUUGUGCACAAAGACGGUUUCAUUGUGGGGCAGCGCUGCCCUGCAGAUUUGGCUCCUGAGGUGUUGGGGGCACGGAGUCCUGGGGACGGACGCCAUUCCGGUGGGGAGAACCGGGAGUCAGAGGGCGAAUACGUUCACCUCCUGGAGGUCAACCCCACCCUGCACCAAACACCCAGGAUCUCACAGCCUUGUGGUACCCAAAUCCAGACAAUGCCUACCCGCAAAGGACACAACAAGAGCCGGAGCCGACGCCAUCGGGCCUGGCUCCACCAUAAGUCUGGGUGUGGGGAGAACUUUGCCUUGCAUCAGGCCUGCAAAAACCAGGAGGCAGAGACGUCUAGCCAAGAAAAUGACACCCAGGGGGAUAGGAUUGAGCAACAGAGAGGAAAUCCUAGCCUGGUACUGGGUCAAACAUCAGAAGCCUCUCAGGAAGUGAGAAGCUCAAGUCCUGGGCAACUGGAACAAAAUCAGGGCCUCUCUGGAACUGAGGCACGGGAGGCCAUUUUUGGUGCAGCAGCUCCUGCUCCUGAGGACACAGGACAAGGAAAAGCUGAGCUGCCAGGAUCUGUUCACCAUGAUCCAGCUCGUUCCAGGGAGGGUAGCAAUGAAAACCAAUCUCCAGCUUCAGCCACACCAAAACGUGCUGCCAAGGGAAACCGCAGGAAAAAAAAGGGAGCUGGGAGAGGGGCUGGUGGCCGAAUUAGACAGGGGGUUGAUUCGGCUAGCAAAGAAGCAGGAGCUUCCACCGAUAUAAAAGAGGCUGGGAAGGAGGAUGUGUGUGUUGGUACAGGGGGACAGGAUUCUGGGACUGGAGAAGCCAGAGUUAGUACCAGAGAGCAAGCUGUCAGCACCGAAGAAUGCUAUGUUGGCAUUGCAGCCUGUAAUGGCACCCAGGAGAAAAGUAGCAUCAUAGGGGACCAGAGCCUUGGCACCGGAGAGGAGGUUGUCAGCACCAGUGAAUUGGCUGUUGGCACCAGAGAGCCAGAAAGCAUUGGAGCAUCUCCUGUCAUCGGAAAUGGUAGUGCUGGCACCAGAGAAAGGAGCAUCGGCAGAGAAGGCCCAAGCCUUAGCGUUGAAGAGCUUUCUGCUUCUGUUGAGGCUGGUGAAAUGAUGGUUGGCACAGACGAACAGAGCAUUUGGACCACAGGGCAAAGGGUGGAUGAUACUGAAGGACAUCGUACAGGAGAACAGGGCUUCACCAUUAGCACUGAAGAAGCAACGUUUACCAAAUUGCCAAGGAAGAAGGAGCUAAGUAUUGUUGGGAGAAAGGAAGCCCUAAGUGCUGCAGCUAAUCAAGGGGCAGAGGAAAUGCAGAAUUCCUCUCUCCCUGCUGUGGUUCAUCUCAGGCAGGCCGUAGACUGGGAGCUUUUGCAGUCAGGAGUCUUUGCCAUAACAGGAGGAAUGGACAGGGCAGGGCGGUCCCUGCUGAUUGUGGUGCCACAGCCUCUUCGAGAUGAGCUGCCACCAGGACAAGGGGAUCUGGUCAAUACCUUGAGAUAUCUUCACUCCCUUCUCAGGCAAGAACUGAAGGCCCUUGGGCUAACAGUACUGUUGGAUCUGAGCCAGGUGGAUGACUGGGCCCUUCAAGCCCCUGUGGUGCUGCCAGCCUUAAGGACAUUCCAGGAGGGCACUCCAACCCCCAUCAGUCAGUUGCUGGUGAUUUUACCACCCGAUGACCGUUUUGUACCUCAUGAAGAAGAGUUGGCUUUGGAACCUGCUGUGGAGGUCAGGGUUCUUUCUGUUUCUGAACUGCCGCAUUAUGUGGCCCUGGACCAGCUGACCCCAGUGCUAGGUGGGACUCUGCACCACUCACCAUCCAAAUGGGUUGAAGAACACAAGGCUCUUGAACAACUACAGUCACUCUGCCGUAGCGUCCUACAGGCUGUAUGUGAGGCCAGUGCCCACCUCGAGGCAGUGGGAACAGCAUCAAGUCAGGAGGAACUAUCGGCCCAGAUCACCUUGCACCAAGAGGCUAUGCAGAAACUACUCACAGAACCGCGUCUCCUGGAGCUUCAGCGCCGUGGAGGAGCCUUGCUGGCACGGCUGCCUCUGCUGGGACCCUGCUGUAAAGAGGCUGUGGCUGCCACCAGACUGUACCAAGAGGUGGAUGAGGCGCUUCAUGGGCUGGUGCAGCUCAGCAACCAGCGCCUGGAGGUAUUGCAUCAGGAGCGGGAAAAUGCACAGGUUCAACAACAAAGUCUGGAAGACAAGGCCUGCCUUGAGUCUGCUGGCAACAGCGUGGAAGAGAAAAGGGAAGGGAAUAGGCCAGCUGAAGGGUUGGCUGAGGGAGCAUCCCUGGAGAGGACACAGUUACAGAGCCCCAAGUCCCCAGGAAAGACACAGGCCAUGCCAGAAACUGGCUCUGCCCCACGGCCCCGGGCCUGCAGCAUCAGCACCACCUCCUCUCCCAAGCAUGGCUGGGGCCUGGGUGCCAGGUUUGGCUCCUCUUGCAGCUUGACCUCUCUCUUCCAGCCACACUCCAGUCCUAAGGCCUCCCAUUGCUGUUCUCCCACUCGAAGCAAUGCCCUGGAGAGUAGCAAGAAGAGGCAAGGCCCUCCCACCAGCCCCAAGAUGCCUCUGCCCCCUGUCUCCCACCUGGCGUUGCGGGCCUUGAGUGACCCGGGCCGCCCAAGUGUACACAUCCGUGGCCUGGAAGUGAGCAGCCGUGAACUGGCAGAUAGGAGCUGCUCCCCCCGUGAGCAUGUGCUUUUGGGCCGUAGUGGGACCCACGUUGCUGAAGCACCUUGGGGGGCCACACCUCGCACGGAAAGAAGACGCUGCCUCGGGGUUCAACAGCAACUUCUGACUGAACUGCUGGAGUGUGAGCGGGAGUAUGUGGGUGCCCUUGCCCAGCCCUUCUCUCUGUCCCAGGAUCCUGGGGGCCAGGCCUGGCCGGCCGAACUGAGGUUCCUGGGCAGUGCUCUCCGGGCCACAAGGGACCAGUUGCUGGCCUUCCAUACCAGCUGCUUCCUCGACGAGUUGGAGGGAUGCAUGAACCACCCAUCACGUGCUGGGGGCUGUUUCCUGCGCCAUGGACAGAAGCUUCAGCUUUACGCCACCUACGCCAAAGACCACUGCAAGUUCCAGGCUGCCCUGGCUUUGCUUCGAACCACCAGCAAGAAGGGUCCAGCAGAGCUGCACGAGGAUGGGCACACAACACGCACUUUGCGUGUGCCCCUGGAGCAGCUGGAGCGGUACCGGCGCUUCCUGGGUGAGCUGCUGCGCGAAUGUGAGCUCGAGCGGGGGCCUGACCGCCAAGCCCUGCAACAGGCCCAGCGACUGCUGGAGGCACAGGAGCAGCGAGGCAGGGACCUGCUGGCUGCAGAGCAGAUCCGGGGCUGCGAGAUGAAACUGUCGGAACAAGGGCUGCUGCUGCAGCGUGGCGAGCUCACCGCGGUGUGUGGGCGGCGUAAGUGCCAGCGGCACAUCUUCCUCUUUGAGCGGCUGCUGCUGUUCACGAAGUGCAAGGGAGCCGAGGGCAUCUACGUCUGCAAACAGGCCUUUCAGACAGCAUCCAUGGGGCUGACAGAGAGUGUGGGGCCUAGUGGGCUACGCUUUGAGCUGUGGUUUGGACGGGGACCAGGCCGACAGGCCUACACACUGCAGGCAGCCUCCGCUGAGGUCAAGCAUCAGUGGACAAAUGUUAUAGCCCAACUGCUGUGGAGACAGGCUGCCCAUCCAGCUGUCUCGAUGAGCAUAUCCUCCUGCCCUUCCCAGCGUUUGCCCCCUCUCGGCCUUGGUCCUGGCCCCCCCACUGGGCUGUCAUUGCCCGGCCACUUUGAGGAAGAGGAAUGGGACCUGGAUGUCAAGCCCAUCCCAAGGGCUGAGACGUCAGAGUCUGACAGACUCUCCCCAAGCCACCAAGAACUACCAAGGCAAGCAAGAGGAUCAUUGCCCAGCGGCAGCAUUGCUUUGGGGCACCACCAGUCGCGUUGGGUGUGGAGCCUACAUCGGAAGCUCUUUUCCCCAGGCAGCCAUGGAAGGCAGGACUCAAACCCCAGGGGCUCCGGGAACAGAACAGUCUGAACCCCACCGGACCUUGGAAAAGGGACAGGGCAUGAAUGGGCACUAGUGUCCAACAGUCCUGUGACCUGCUCCUGCCAAGUCUCCUGAUGAUUCUCCCAUGUAUCCCACUCUGCUACCAUCCCACAGGGACACCCAGGCUUGGGCUGCAAUUGACCUUGGGAUGGCUCUGUCUUGCCUGACAGUACCCAUCCAGUGCCUUUUCCACCAUUUUCUUGGGCUGCAGAAUUACUGGAGAUUCUUGGCCAAGCUGAUGUUGCUGGCAGGAGAAGGUUGUACAUUAAGCAAAGAAGGCCAAAUGAAGGAGCUCUAUGCUGACCCAAAUUGAGUUGUAGACUAGGAAGAUGGGACGCUAUAGAGUCAGCCCUCAUCCACUGAUCAAAUGGAGUGAUGCCCAGAGGGUACUGAACUUCUCAUUUGCCUAGUGCCCCAUCUCUGAUCACAGCAUCAGUCUGUAGCCUGAGUUGGUAUUCUGCUCAGUUUGAUGGAAGAUGGAAGGAAGAAUCUGGGCUUUGUUUGCUAAGCAGGUACAGGAUGUACUUCCUGUACCAUAUCUAGGUUAAUCCAAGAGGGAAAAGAGGAGGAGGGCAUCUGGAUUGUAUGGUGGGGGAGGUGAUUAUGAUAGAACAUAAAACCACCCCUAUCCAAACAGGUAGCCCCAGCUGAGAAUAAAAGCAUGAUACAGCAAUAUGUAUGGUGCUGUGGAGGUUCAUGUGCUACAGCUCUCCUAGGACUGUACCACUGAACAAUGUAAAGGGGGAACACAAGUUUGGAUGCUCCCCAAUACAUAACAAUAGCAAGCCAAGGAGAAGGAGUGUGUCUUAGUCAUCUCCCUGAUGUGUGCUAUUUAAUACAUAUGUGUGUGUCUGUACAUAUAUAUGGAGUUUUGACAAGCAAGAAAACUGGGUCAAGUUAACUUCCCUACCCCACGCACCUGUGGUCUGAGGACAUGUAGUCCAAGAAGGGCUGCAUCACAUUUUGCUGUUCAUGGGGGAGGUUUUUUCCUCUACUUGAAGUUUUCAGUUUGUUUUUGAGAUGAUAAAAGUCCACACACAGUAAUGCUACCGCAUUGCUAUCAUAAGGGGAGGCGGUUCUACAAAAACAAUUCCGAUGUGAAAAACUCAAAAGUUACAAUUUGAGUCAGGGAAAAAAUCUAAAGAGGCCCUAGAGAGUUUUUGCUUUCUUUUGGGUUAUUUGUCGGAGCUCUGCAAACACCUUUCUGCAAUGUAGUUGCUUUCUUACCUGUAGCAUUUUGAGAUUUGGAUUGUAGGAAUUGAUCUCUGGAGAACUAACAAAUGGUGCUAUAUUUUAAGUUGGGUGGUCAAAUCUGUGGUCUUUUUGUUCAUUCUGACUUUUCUUAUUGGAUACAAAUGGCCUAUUUUUUGUCCGAUUUGGUAACUUGAGUUGCUCAGCUAAUUUUGGCAGGUCUUGUGCAGGGUUUACACUUGGAAGCUCUCAUAUAGGUGUCACACAAACUCCUGGCUGCAUGAAAAGAGGAUAGUAAACUCAACUUGGUUGGAUCGAGAUUAAGUUAGUGGCACUUAGUUCCCACUGAAAUCAAUGGGACAAGUCAUAAUUAACUUUUCGCAUUAAUUUCAACAGGUACUAACUUUAACUGAGUUAGCUUCCAUCCUAUCCAUUGUGUGUGUGGACUGUACUGCUUCAAAAACAAACAGUAGGGGACUUUAAAAGAUACAAAUGAUAAGCAGGAGUAAUAAUGAAAGACAUUUGUCAUGUCAGAAUGCUGCAUAAGCCAGGCAAAGUUCUUGAGAAUGUUCAUCAUUUAGCAGACUUAAUAAUUUCACACACAAAACUGAGAAGUGGCCGCUGUCUACAACCUCUUCUUCCAUACUUUUCAAAUACUGGCUUGACAAUCUUCAUAAGAUUCCAAGUAUGUUAAGAGCACUGAUAUAUAUGCUUUUGUUCAACUUACUAGAGCUGUGGACCUACAAUAUCCCUGACCCCCAGUUGGAUUGGAAUGCAUGUCUCCAUUUACAACCAUUUUUUGAUGGGACUGGUGCUAGCUUGUGUUUUGAUCUGACCACUAGAGUAAAAUAUAAUGCAGAAAAGCUUCAAAUGUGCAAAGCAGGCACAAAUUAGACUUUAUUCUUGAAAAUAGUACAUGAGGUGAUAAACCUGUGUCUGGGCAGUACUACUUGACCAAUUACACAUGAUGGACAUUGUGUGUUUAAACAUGGAUCUGCCCCUGUCAUGUGCAAAAAAGUGUGCAUGUGAAUUUUAACUGCAAAAGGAACAGAUGGGUAAGAAGUGUAGAACCCUUCCCCUGGCUGCAGUUGUAUCUCCCUGAGCAGUUUUGUUCUCAAAUGAGCUCUAAUACUGGGAGUGGCUUUAGCAUUCCUUACUCAUUCACUCCUUUUGCUGCUAAAAUCAAGUGUGUGCCCCAUCACUGGGCAGCUUCAUGUUUAAAUACAUAGAACUGCCAUCAUCCUAUGUAGGAUCUGGAUUCACAUGAUUGUUUUCCCCUGCAAGCGUAUUGUUUUCCCCUGCAAACGUAUUCCCUGCACACAGAAAACUGACAUGACAGGAAGAAGGCUAGGCAUUCUUGAGAUAUAGUUUUUUAAGUGCAGGGAAUUAUCUUUAUGGAGGAGCAUUUCAUCACAUGAGCCCUUGCUUGCACUGCAUACAAGUUUACCACAUCUGCUGUUUGUGAAAUCUAGCUGCUUAAUUGAUUCACGUACACAAUUCAGGGGGUUUUGGUAAAAACCUUUCACAACAAUGCCAAGCAAUUUUUGUUUAAAACCAGAGCUCUAGGUCUGAGUUUAGCAGCAUCUGCAACUCUUUACCUGUGUUGGCUACAAAUUACAUACCAACAUUUGUUUUAGUGCUAUAAGAGGGAAAAGUUGAGGAAGAGCACAUAGUAACAGAUGGGGCUUGGGUUGAGGUUGGUCCUAGGGGAACUAAAAGCCCAGGUAGGAAGUACGGGUACUGUAGUGUUCCCAUUUAAAGGGUUCUCCAAAUGGGUUGUGGCUACUGUGUAGGCUAGGAAGAGAGGGUGUUCUAGUUGUGUUGGUUCAUAAAAGUAAAAAUGUCAUUUUUGUGUGUGUUUUAAUCCUGAAAGCUGCACAGAUUGGUUCUUCUGACCCAGGUGUUAACAGGAAAAUUAAAACGAUGGAAACAAGCUAAUUUUAAAACCCAUUUGAAGAGUGAUUUUUAGCUACUGCUGCCCUUGAAUCUAAGCCAUGUAAGGUACUAAGCAAACCCCUUGGGUCUCUGUAAAUUAAUGGUUACCUUUGCCAAACAUGUAAUCUUGUCAAAAUAACCAGGUUUGUCUAACAAGACCUUAUUUUAUAUAAAAA